CCAGCAUUUCCAUUCGCUUAACAGAUCACCAUCCACGCGUUUUCAGACUCCUACAGUAACUGACAUGCAGACGCGAUACUGAUAAAAGGACGAAGAAGGGUAACGCGUGCGCGACGCGGUAUUGGGCAUGACGUCAGUGCAAUCAUUUCUGAGUUGAAUCGUUCGGCAUGGCAUUGAGGUUUACAAAGCAAGAGUAGAGCCCCUCGCGAGUCGGCUAUACAGAAGAGCAGACAAACUACACCACCAGCCGAGCUUGUUAAGCAUCAAGACUCUAUUCGGCGUUUCUCUCCACCUCUGACGUCACUACAUAAGAAAACGAUUGUUAAACAGUUAGAAAAAGAAUUGACAUGUACAAGACUACUCUAAACGUUUACUCUACCACCAUAUCCUCAACAUGCCUGCCACAUCGCUCACCAUAAUCUUUUCACCUUACCACGUCGGCGUUCGCGACCACCGCGUCGGCGAUGGCCCAAACCGCAUCCGCACACUCGGUCUGGUCUCUUCGCUCGAGAACCUAGGCAUCAAAGUCGACAUCGACGAAAUACCUCCCGUCGACGACUUCGAAGGCGAGAUAGGCCGUUCAUUCGAAAUCCUCCGCCUGACCUCCCUGGCCGUCAGCAAAGCGCAAUCUAACAACUCGUUCCCUUUUAUUCUCUCUGGCAACUGCAUGGCUAGCGUGGGAGCGGCAUGUGGGUUAGGCAUCAAGGAUCUCAACUUCAUCUACUUCGACGCCCACGACGACAUGGACACGCCUUCUACGAACCAGAAUGGUUAUUUCGAUGCCAUGGGUCUAAGUAUGUUGGCGGGGAAGAGCUGGCAUUGGCAUACGGAGCAGAUACCAGGAUAUGCACCGAUGAAGUACGAUAAGAGGUUCUUGUAUGUUGGGCUAAGAGAUGUGAACGAGGUACAGCGGAAGACGGUGCAAGAAGCUGGAGCAGAUGUGAUAUGGGGUGAUGCUGAGAAGGCUGUGGAUUUCCCUGGCGAGUUGCAAAAGCGGCUUGAGGAGAGAGAUAUGUCGCCUUCGCUCGUGCAUCUUGAUUUAGAUGUUCUAGACAAAAGUGUAGGCGUGGUCAAUGGGUUUGAGAGCGAGGGCGGGCUGCAGGAAGAGGAUGUAGUGCUGUGCAUGAGUCUGUUGCCGAAGAAAGCCACUCCGGUGUCUUUUACUAUGUGUUCUUUCAACCCGAAUCUGGGAGAUGGGGAUAAAAUUGCUGGCAUAGGUAUUCGUGCUGCUGUGGCAUUUGUUGAGUCGUUGAUUGUGGAGAAAGUGCUGUCAGCGCAAAGCUAGCAACCGUAAGAACAGAAGGCCCACUAGACAAUCAAGAAAAUG